AUGAUUCCAGUCACUGUUUCCAUCACAUCCAGAGAGACCAUUAAACCAUCAUCUCCAACUCCUCAAAAUCUGAAAUGCUUCAAGCUUUCCCUCCUUGACCAGCUAGCUCCUGCUGCUUAUGUCCCUAUGAUCUUGUACUAUGCUCCAACUGCUGAUUCCAACCUCAAAAAUCAAGAAAAUAUUGAUCUGCUUAAGAAAUCUUUAUCACAAACCUUGACACUAUUCUAUCCGCUAGCAGGAAGGGUAAAAGAAAAUCUAUUCAUUGAGUGUAACGAUGGAGGAGUUGAUUUCAUUGAAGCCAGAGUCAACUGUACUCUUUUGGAUAUUCUCCGGCGACCUGAAGCAGAUGAUUUGGAUCGAUUUCUACCUCAGGAAUAUCAUGUCCCUGAGCUGUCCUCAUCCCUGGAAUCCCAAAUGGCUUUUCAAGUAAAUAUUUUUAGCUGCGGAGGAAUGGCGAUUGGCACUAGUAUAUCUCACAAGCUUGUUGAUGGCAUCACAUUUACUUCCUUCAUCAACUUGUGGGCUUCAAUGGCUAGAGGUUCCGAUAAAUAUUUGUCGCCCAUUUUUUUUGGAUCCCAUCUCUUCCCUCCAAAAGAUUUAUCUGGGUUACUGCAGGUGCUUGACAUACCCAAGUCAAAAAACAUUACUAAAAGAUUUGUCUUCGAUCUCUCGAAGAUUGCUUCCCUGAGAGAAAGAGUGUUUGGCCAUUCAAGCGCUAAUAAUCUCCCCAGUCGUGUUGAAAUAGUGUCUGCAUUAAUCUGGAAAUAUGCUGUAGAUGCCUCAAGAGCAAACUCAUCAGGAUCCAGUAAAAGUCCAUCUUUUCUGACACAGACUGUAAAUUUACGUCCUAGGAUGGAUCCACCUUUGCCAGAACAUACUGCCGGAAAUCUUCUUUGGCUGGCAAUUGCAGCAGGGCCAAGUGAUAGCAGGGAGAUGGAGAUACAUGGGUUGGUGUACCAGGUGCGAAAUGCUAUGAAGAAAUUUGAUAGCGACUAUGUGAGGAAAAUGAAGGGUGAAAAUGGGUUUUUGGUGUUAGGGGAGACUCUUAAACAAAUAGGAGAACUUGUUUCCAAAGAUGUGAACAUAUACAGGUUUACUAGUCUCAGAAAAUUCCAGCUAUAUGAAGCUGAUUUUGGUUGGGGAAAGCCUGCUUGGGUGAGCAGUGCAGGAUUGACAUUCAAGAAUGUAGUUGUCUUGAUUGAAAAUAGAAUCGGCGACAGAGUUGAUGCUUGGGUAACUUUAGAAGAACAAGAAAUGGAAAUUUUCCAGCGCAACCAGGAGCUUCUUUCAUUUGAUUCCCCUUCUCAAAGUGAUUCCUUUCUGCAGCUUAAUUCUCAUCUUUAG